GCAGGUUGCAUAUCACACUUCCUGACCAGGAGCCUGGAUGGUCAACGCAUCGUUCUCGCGCCAAAUUGUAUCAUUCUUUGAUUUCAAUUUUUUGUUUUCCUUUCCGCCCACCUCCGUGGACCAGGUAGAGACAAACAAACUACCUUUUUUGCUGUUGUUGUUGUUGUGCUUUCGCUAACGUUAGAGCCGACAUACACCGGCGGCUUCUCUUCCACUCUCCCACCAAAAACGUAUAGAGGACAUCCAAACAAAAAACCAACAACAACACUAUAGCUAUAGCUUCCACGCUCAAACUUGCCCGAGAGAGGAAGAAGAGGAUCGACAGCAUCACUUUGCGCUUCUCUUUGUCUCUCUUUGAAUCUGUAUGAAUAUUUUCGAAACGCUCUCAUACGACGUCCCACUUUUUUCUAAUUCCCAAAUCGGUCUGGAUUUUUUCUUGUUCUCGGUACACAGCUCUUCCGUAGUCUCAUAUUCGUGGAACAGCAAGAGCAAAGGGAAAACACCAGGCUGUGGUUUCCAGAUCGUUUUCCUCCCUUCUCACGGGUGGAUUUGUAUCGCUUCCAAACGUUGUGUAUCGAAAAUACCUUCUCGUCACUUUUUUUCUCUUCUCUCAUCUGCUUUCUUUUUUUUUUGGUUUUCUUUUCUGCUGGCGACGAUAGAUCUAUCGCUGUUAUUCAGAUCAUUGCGUUUCGGCGGUGUGCGUUCUUUUGCUCUGUUCGUAUUGCGCUGCAGUGGGAAGCACCGUGACAAAGGGGAAAAGCCGAAUCAAAACAUCAAAUUCGAGCGGACAGUAAGGGGAUCGCGGAAGGUAGGUCUCCUUUUUUUUGAAGACAUUUCUCUAUGUACUGUUGGCUUGAUUUGUUCUCUUUUUCCUUUUAAAAAGAUCUUUACUUGCCCCUUUCUCCUCUUACGGUCAUCAGACACAAAGGGGGAAAAGGGCUAGCCGGAACGCUAGUGAGGGCCGUUUCCUCACACAGAUACCGGCAGCGGCGGCAGGAAUAGACUUCGACGGUCACGCCACCAAACUUUUCUCUGCAUUGUUUUUUUCGUGCUCUUUUUUUCUUCACAACUCCAGUUGUUCUGCUUUGCUGGAUUUGCAAGGCGCAUUUUUUUUUUUCGUAGUUGCUGGUUUGACCCUCCUCACGAAUUAGCAAUGAGUGAUAAUUUCGAUAGAAGCGGCUCGUGCUCCUCGCGGUCUUUCCCCCCCGCAGGCGGGGGCCGCAGUGCGCACCCAGUCACCUCCUCGCUCGAUAUGUUUAGCGCUGCGCUGCAGCAGUUCUCCACGGUCCCCCCGGCACCACCAAGGGUGGCCAACUCACUUACUUGGACGCGAAGUACACCGUCAGCAGCAGCGGGAGGGCGGCGGCACGUGGAAUGCGACAGCGACGGCUUCGUCGAUAGCGAUGAGGAGAGCGAGGGGGCAGGCGGUGACGUCGCACGUCCGGCACGGAGUGCGACGUCGUCCUCAACGUCCUCGUCUGACUCUGCGUGGGGCACCUUCCACGGCGGCGAGCCGCAGCUGGCGAUGUGCAACUUAGGCGACGUCGCAACCGGUGGCACGGACGACGACGGUGCUGAAGACGGCUUCCUCUUCGUUCCCGACCCCAUCUUCGAUCUCAGCUCUCUUCAGGACAAGCCAGUUAUGCCGUGCCUGCGGCAGGACCAAAUCCCCAUCGGCGCCACCGUGUGGGUUGUGGAUGAGGACGACGUGGCGACGCAGUUGAAUUGCUACUUUACUGCCGCCUACCCGCCCAUCUGCAACGGGCGGUUGAGCGGGACAGUGGUGCGCCACACCGGCCUCAUGACGCUGGUGCGCUUUCACAAUGAGGCGGCCGACCUCUACUUUUCGUUGUGCGUGCCGACCUCGUGCCUGUCGCUGCAGCCGGUUGAAGCAUAUGAGAGCUCGCCGCGGCACGGGGAGUCGUACGGCCUCUGCUCGGGCGCCUAUGGGAUGCUGGGUCCUCGCGCUGUCGGAAGCGGCCAGGCGCAACCCGCAGGCCCCACCGUCGUCGUCCGGCGUUACCUUUACGAGGCGAUGCCGGCCUACGAUGCCGAGAAGCUGCGCGGCACGGCGCUAGAGAAGGCGCAGGAGCUUUUCUUUCAAGGCAACUACGAGAAGGCGUUGACGGAGGUCAACGCGUAUUUAGCGGCGAGUAGUUUUAAGAGCGGGGAGGGCGUCAGGGCGCGAAAAGCGCAUUCCACUUCGGUGGUGGACGCCUUUGUGUUGCGCUCCCGCGUUUAUAUAUUUUUAGAGCGGUACGCCGAGGCCUUGGAGGACGCCCGCACCACUGUCACGCUAGAGCCGCGGUGGGUGCGAAGCCACUUGAGCAUUGCGCGUGCCCACUGCGGGCUAGGGCAGUUCACUGAGGCAGCCGUCGCGAUCGCCCACGCGUACAUUAUGCUGCCUUACAGCUCCGAGGUGGAGCGUAUCAAGGAGCUAAACGGGUACAUGUACUCGCUGCAGUCGCAGCUGCGCAGCGAGCGGGCGGGUUGUUACUUAAUUUUAGAUAGCUUGUACCGUAAGCGGCUGCGUGUCAACGCACCCACCGCCACCGGAGUGUCGAUCUGCAAAGAGGUGACCCCCAUCGUCGCCACGCACUCGGUGUUCGCGGCGAAGGGGCCGAUGCACCACUGCGCCGUGUGCUUUCGUACGCUGAGCAGCAACACCCCCGUGACCAACGUGGACUCCGCAGCGUGCUCUGGCUGCUCCGGCGGUCCCUCGGGCUUCGAGGCGGCGCACACGUCGCCGUCCACGGUGGUCUCGCCUGCGAUGUCCACCCCCGUUGGCGCCGAUCCGGAGGAGAACACGCAGUACUGCAGCACCGAGUGCGAGCAGCGCGCCAGCCUCUAUCGCCCGUUAGAAAUCAAACACCGCGUCGCGCUCGAUAACGUGCGCUCGCGAAUCUUGUCGAAAGCGGCGGUGACGUUGAAUGUUCUGCCGCUGGAGAUGACCGCCAUGGCGGUGCGGCUCUUUUUGAUGGUCGUCACGACGCACCGGCGGCUGUGUGCGAAGCGGCGCCUUGGGGAGUCAAGUCGACGCGGCACCGAGAGCACCGGAUCGCGUUGCACAACAGAAAAGGACGGCGAGGCGAAUGCGACAACAACGAGCGGACUGCAGAACGCGUGGGACUCGUCCGCGUCGUCGCCGGUGUGCGUGGAGACGGCGCUGCAGCGACUAGGAGUGUACCCUGUGUGCACGGAGCUGCUGCAGAAUAGCAGGCUCGAGGAGCUGAAAGCCAUCUACGACAUGCUAACGGUGGACUUCAAGGCGGAGGACCGCACCACCUUUUCGUACCAGCUGUUGACGCAGCUGUACUGCUACGUGAACGCGUACUUUACCCCGGUGGAUGCCAACGCGCUGCUGCCACCCGAUGCCGCCGGACGCCCCGCUCAACCCCUCACCGUAUACUACCUCCCCAUUUACGUCGGGUGCAUCGAGUUGGCCAAGACGAUCUCGUACAGCGCCUCGGGCCGCCGGCGCGACGGCAACCCCGUGGGCGUCGCGGAUGCAGCGGCGGAGGAUCAGCUGAUGUGCAAAGUCAUCGGCCGACCUGCCCUGGACGAAGCGGCGGAGACGAAGACAGAUAAUGACGGGGCGAAACAAGAGAGUCCCGCCCUGGCGGCGAGCAACAACGAGGCCAACUGCACCGUGCUGCCAGCGACAAGGACGGCGCUUUUAGAGCUAUUGACGGUGGCGCCCGUUAGCCCGGAGCACAAGCUGCGUUGUGUGCCGGUCUCGAUGAUAUUUAACUCCGACGCGGCGUGA